AUGGGUAAUCAGAUAUCGGAAUACAAAAAGGAGUUCCUCGAAAAGAAGAAAGCUGAACAUCGAGAGAAAGCGAAGCUUUACGAAGUCAAGUCGAGGAUCGUGGACUACUCCAAGAAUGAGGAGAAGACGGGAUUCGAGAGAUUAAAACAGUUUUAUGAUGCGGAUACUGUAUCCAUGGAAAGAUACAUGGUCGUAACUGGUGCUAAGCUCACAUUUUUGGUUACAUUCUUAAUGGGAGGAAUGUUAUCCAGCAAAGAAGUUGAAAAAAGAAUUGAAGUUUAUAGUCAAGGGAAGAACUUUGGUAGCGCCAGAAAUAAAUUUGUAAGUUGGUCUUUGAAUACUUGAACAUUGUUUUAGGCAAGGCAAACAGACUUAAAAAUUUUGCAAUUUAUGAAGAACGGCUUCAAGUAUUCGUUUAAAUGUGUUUUUGCUACCGGGGCUCUAUUGUAAGUGUAUAUCUUUUUUCUUUUAUAUAGUCGUAAUAGACUCGUGAACACCCAUCUGAUUCUCUACAAAAACAAGUUCGAAUACUGGUAUCCUCCACUGGCUACAGGUGCGUCAAGCUUGCUUUUGCAAGGAGGUUAGUCCUUUUUCUCACUUUCUUUUUAUUUCAGCCACAGUGACGGGAACAUUAGCUGUGCCUCUUGGCAUUCAUGGAAUUGUUCAAGCUGGAGUCAUGGGAUUGACUGGAGGGUAAGCAAGAGACUUAAGUACAAUGUUUGAAGUUUUGAUCAUUCAUGUAAAUGGUUUUAGAGGAAUCAUCUCAGCAUCAGUAUUCCUCUACAGCCUUUAUCGGAAUUUGGAUUCUCCAGAUUUAGCGUACAAAGAAUUCAGGAAAUCUGUAGAGAAGGAACUUGAUGAUCAUCAAAAGCACGUGUGCCGAGUUCGGAACUUUAUGAAACAAGAAGGAAUUUCAACCCAGAUUGUGGCUGAAUAUAAAUUAAAGAAGAGGGAUGAAGAGUCGCAAUUAAGUUCGGGCUUGGAUAACAUCAGUGAUGAAGAUUAG